AUGAGCUCCAUUGAAUCUCAGCAACACCUCAAAGCCAUCCUCCGGGAGAAGACAGAAGACAAGAUGUCUAGCGCCUACUACGAAACGGCUUUCAUCAUUCCCCACAUGCAGACUUCAGCUAUGCCUCGCCGGCCCCGUCAGCCUGCUCCGACAUCGCGGCCGACUAUCGAUGCGAUGGCCUCGGAAUCAACUCUCGUUGACAAGGACGGCGUCCCUGUCAUGUCCAAGGAGAAGAACGAUGCCGCCGGUACCCUCAAUGGGUCUUCAUCACCCAACAAGAGUCUUCUCAAGCGACUUUUCAAGAAGGCUUAG